AUGGUCACCGGCAAGGGCGCGGAGCCGUUCCAUCACCUACCUCCGACAACCUCGCAGCACGGGUUCGCCGCAACCUCCCCGCCUUCCAAGCGUGACCUGGCAUCCUGGUGGAGGCAGUUCAAGAGAAACACUCGCAAGGAGGAACCGAAGGAACCUCAAGGUAUCUUCGGGAUCCCUCUCAACGUCAGCAUCAAGUACGCAAACGUCGCCAUCUCCCUUACCAACGAUAACGGCGAGAGUUUCAUCUACGGAUAUGUUCCCAUCGUGGUGGCGAAAUGUGGGGUUUUCUUGAAGGAAAAAGCUACGGAUGUGGAAGGGAUCUUUCGCCUCAGCGGAUCGGCCAAGCGCAUCAAGGAUUUGCAGGAAAUAUUCGACUCCCCCGAGCGAUACGGGAAGGGCCUGGACUGGACCGGGUAUACGGUUCACGAUGCUGCCAACGUCCUUCGUCGCUACCUGAAUCAACUCCCCGAGCCGAUCGUCCCGCUAGACUUCUACGAGCGCUUUCGCGAACCCUUGCGAGUUUACCAGAACCAUGUUCAGAAUAGCAACGGCGCUACGACGGAGUCAGAUCCCUUUGACCACGCGAAAGCCGUCACUUCCUACCAGCAGCUGAUCCGAGAGCUACCGCCGCUGAACAAGCAGCUGCUUUUGUAUAUCCUCGACCUCCUGGCAGUCUUCGCAUCCAAGUCGGACCAGAACCGGAUGACGUCGGCCAACCUUUCCGCCAUUUUCCAACCGGGCCUAUUGUCUCACCCCCAACACGACAUGGCGCCCGACGAAUACAAGCUGAGCCAGGAUGUAUUAAUCUUUCUGAUCGAAAACCAAGAUCACUUCCUGUUCGGCAUGAACGGCACCGCCGCGGAUGAGCAGACGGUGAAGGAAGUAGAGGGCGGAAUGGCGCAUCGCACGGCGACUACCACUUCCAACAUCCGCCGUUCGGUCUCCAGCGCAAGUGGCGGGGGUGAAAGCUUCCGCAAAUACGGCAGUCUUCGUCGCAACGUGUCGGUGUCGUCGAAAAAUUCCCGACAAUCUAAUCACGCACAGGGUCCUACAACCCCAACUUCUUUGGGCGCCGUCGGGGUCCACCGCAGUAACACGCUACCGUCUAAAAUGUCGCCGGCUAUGAGGUAUGGCCGGGUGACGGAAGCGACCGGACUGAAUUCGUCGGAGCGUACAUCUGCACAACACUCGCGGUCCUCGAGCGUCACACCGUCCGCACGGGAGGACCAUCCGCAAGCGUCUGUGCCACCGCAGCCUACACCACCGCAGCAACCCCCCGUCACAACCACGCCUACGCCAGGGGUUGGGUCGCCGACCGGGCUCGUUUAUGUCCAUACGUCCACCCACGGUCCAAUUCCCAAGGUGAUUCCCGUGCAACCGUCUGUGCCAGAAGCGUCCGCGGUUCAGACUGAACAACCAGCCCAACCUGUUGCUCAGACGGAGAGGCUGGUUGGACCUGCUGCUCCUCCUGCUCCUGUUGCUGCUCCUCCCGCUCCCUCUCCCGCUCGCGCUCGCGCUCCCCUCCCCGCUUCUUUGAUUGCUGGCCCCGCCCCCCCUGUCGCAGCUGCUCCGGCUCCGGCUCCAGCUCCAGCACCUGCACCAGUCACUUCUGCUCUGCACGAGUCCUUAUCUCCCCCGUCUUCCCCUCCCCAGACCGCUGUCACGCCCACCCGAGAACGCAAAAUAUCUAACAUCUUCUCCAAAUCGCCGCCUUCGAGUAGUGAUUUGAAGGAGCCACCGCGGCAGCCCAACCGCCUAAAGAAGAAGCGAAUUCCCGGAAGUGCCAGCGAAAGCGCCCAAAGCUCGUCUCAAUCUCUACAGGCAGCCACCUCGGACCCGACGACCGUCAAUUCUCCCCCUCAAGCCGGUCGGCCGGUAGAUGCCAGCCCCGACGCCGGGGGUGCCACGCCAAGACCUCCCAACGCCGCGAGCUUUGACGACCUGGCCUUGAGGCAGGAGAAAACGGCUGUGCAGCAUGAGAACGGACAACAACAGGUCCCAGCCGCCAGUAGUGGCGAUACGACGCUGCGACCGUACGGGUCGCGGACCCCGUCGAUGAACUCGCGCUCGUCAUUCACGGACGUGUCCGAUAUCGAUCAAAUCGACGAGGCGUCCAAGGCGGAGCGGAAAGAGCAUCGUCGGAGCUGGCGAUUCCCCCGCUCGUCCAAGCGUAGCAACGAGCAGAUGGGACUGGGUCUUGGCUCGCCGCCCCUGAUGGCCUCAACUCCCGGGGCGGAUCGCAGUACCAGCUCGAUCGGGAGCUGGCACCAUUCCAGCCGCAGUUCUCCGUCGGAUCUCCAGCACUUCGCCAACGACCCCUCUUACCAACCCUUGAGUUUGGACGCCGAAGUCAGCAACAGUGGCAAGGAUUCAGGGAAUUCGGAGCCAGAGAGGCGCAGUCUCUUUGGCAAGUUUAAAGCCAAGGUCGCACAGGUCCGGGAUGAAGUAAAGCACUCCUCGGAGCGUGAACGCACACGAAGUCCCCCGGUUCAGUCCGACCCUGAAAAGUCUGCAUCUAGUCAGACGCUGUCGCCCGCUGGCAAAGACAGUCUACCCAACCGCCCCGCUCCGAUCGAGGUUGUGAAAGAACCCAUCCCGCAACCCUACACCAGUACUCCCACUUCACCGAUGCCUCCAGGACUUCCCCCGGCGAUUCCUGAGGAGCCCCGCACCCCUGAAAGCCCCGUGGCGACCUUGGCAUCCCCGGAGCCCAAACAAGAGAAUGGGACGACCGAGAAAACGCAGACUGCGGGGCCGGACACUCUGCCAACCUUUGAGUCUCACAAGGGCGAUGACAGCGAGACGUCCCAUUUUCUGGGAAAUUAG